AGGAAAUUGCAAAACAUUUUAUCCAGUAGUAGUCUUUGCUUCUACCCUACGUUGAGGAUGGCAUCUUUAGGUGUUGAGGGAGACAAGUACCGUUCCCAUUUGACUGGAGAUGGAGAAAAGAACACCAAAUGGAAUUUUGGUGCCACUCCUAGCUAUGAUGUUGCUAACAAGCUCUUUGAGGAAGGCAGAACAAAGAUAUGGCCAGCCGGGUCACUGGAAGAAGAGGUGCAGAACCUUGUAAAGACAUGGGAGAUGGAGCUUUUCCACAAGUCCAACCCUGAUGAUUUCAAAACACUUGAUCCCAACAAAUACACUGUCAGCGUAAAUGGAAGGAAAGGCAUAAAUAUUGAAGAAAUAGGGAAAAUUGGAGGAGGAUAUAACUCUUUUCUGCAGACCUCACUGCCCGAGAAACUCAGGGGAUAUAAUCCAGAUGAGGAAACAGCAGAAUCAUCGCUCAAGUCUUUCACCACAACAUUCCCUCGUGGAUUUGCGUUGGAGGUCCUCCAAGUUUAUUCUGGGCCACCAGAGAUUGUCUACAAAUUCAGGCACUGGGGUUACAUGGAGGGCCCCUUCAAGGGCCAUGCUCCCACUGGAGAAAUGGUUGAGUUCUUUGGAAUGGCCAUUUUUACGGUGGAUGAACACAAGAAAAUUGUUAAGGUGGAGUUCUUCUAUGACCCUGGACAACUACUUGGAGGUCUUCUGAAGGGUGCGAAAUUGGGUAAUUCUUCCGAAGAGACAGCUUCAACCUGCCCAGUCCUGAGGAGCACAGGGUAGUUUUAGUAACUCUCCUAUGAAACCUAAUAGUAUUGCUAGUAAAUCAAUAAUUUAUGCCCAUUAGGCACACAAAGCUAGCUACAUGUUAAGGAAUUUUGUUAAGCUGUUUUUUAUAUGGAAAUAUUUGUGAUUAUCUGUAAGGUACUGGUGCAAUAUCUCAUUUAAAAAUAAAGACGAUAUAUUUGCAUGAA